AUGCUGUUCCUCGUUUUAGGACUCAUGUUACUACAUGGGUCCGCCGCGCAACAUGAUAAUGACCUCUACUCAUUUGUCACGCUCCCUGAAGUGCGGGCCUUGAAAUUCGAGAUGGAACAUAUUGACCGAGAGCGACAACAGCCGGGCUACUGGUUUGUGGCCCCGUAUGGUCAAAUUGACCCUGAAGCAUCAACUCAUAGGUACACUCAGUACCAAAUUGGUCCGUAUAUUUAUGAUAAUGAUGGCAUGCUCAUCUGGGCCGGAUCACCGAUGUACGACAAUCGGAAUGUUUUCGACUUCAAAGCGAACUGGAACAUCGACGACGAUCCCCAUCUGUCUUUCAUUAUACAACAUGACAAUCAAGUCAAAGGAAGCGGUAUGAUCCUGAACACCAACUACGAGAUCGAACAUGAAGUCGACGUGGUCAACGAUCUCGAAGCCUUCAACAUGCAUGAAUUUAAUAUUCUGGAUGGCGGUAAGACCGCACUCGCCUGCACAUAUCGGACUCAAACGAUCAGCUUUGCCGAUUUCGGCCGACCCAACGAGGAAAGCUGGGCACAGACUGGUGGUUUUGUCGAGCUGGAUGUCGACAGCGCCAGGGUCCUCUUUGAAUGGGAUUCCCGGGACCAAAUUUCGGUUCUAGAGUCCGCCGUUUUGAGCUCCUCGAGUGCGGCAUUGGGUCCUCCCGGUACGGACUAUGUACACAUCAACGCCGUCGACAAGAACGAAGCUGGCGACUACAUCAUCUCUAUGCGUUUUACCAACACCAUCUACCUGAUCUCGGGCACCGAUGGGCACAUCAUGUGGCGUCUAGGCGGAAAGGAAAGCGACUUCGAUAUGGAUUUCACCUUCCACAAGCAGCACGAUGUGAAAUUCAUCGAAUCGCACGGCACUCACCACGUUAUCUCGCUAAUGAACAACGGCGCGGAUGAGGGUUAUGCCGAUGAGUCUAUCUCCGCCGCUCUCUAUAUCGACAUUGACGAGACCGCCAUGACAGCCCGCGUGAUCCAACGCAUUGAGCGACCCGACGGCGGUCUUACUCGUCUGCGCGGUAACGUUCAACAACUCCCAAACCUGAAUACCUUCAUCGGUUGGAGUCAAUGGGGAUACCACUCCGAGCACGCCCCCAACGGAGACCUGCUCAUGUGGGCUAAGUUCGCAUCCGAGCGAUUCUCUAGCUACCGAUCCUACAAAUUCGACUGGGUCGGCCGCCCGGACACCCCUCCCGAUGUCGUCUCUUCCGUCUACGGCACAAAUGACGAGGACGUUCUGACCAUCAUUCACGUUAGCUGGAACGGAGCCACGGAUAUCGCCGGAUGGAACUUCUACGCUCGUGCCUACGACAUGGGCGAGAACGUCUUCAUUGGACACACCGAGAAAUACGAUUUCGAGACUAUGUACCUGGUAGACGGAUUCAUGGACUGGGUCUCGGCAGAGGCAGUUGACAGCGAAGGAAACGUCCUGGGAACCUCAGAUCUCCACCGAACCAACAAGCCAGAUAACUGGCAAGCCGUCGGAUUUGACGGAACUAGCCCGCCAAGCCCCGACGACCCUUCCAUCCUAUAUGUCACCGAUGAAACCGACGACGCAGCUGAUAGCUCUAAAGCCUCCGUUGGCACUAAUGUGAAGUCGCACGAAGCUGUGUACUCCGAUACAAAGGAGGUGGCCAAGGCGGUCUACAAGGCAUAUGAGAUCCUGCGUGGAGUAGAGGGCUUUGUCGUCCUGGCAAUACUCGCUGGUUGUGUUUACGCAGCUGUGGUAGGCGUACGGAAGUGUCUUCGUCGUCGUCGACAGGUGCGUUCCUAUAAGAAUGUUCCCACUGAGGAGGGUGGGGAAGCGGGUGAGAAUAUCCCCGUGGAAGAGAUUCCGUUGCGUCGGAACUCGAAUGGGUGA